UGAGCGGCCCGGGCCCUUGUCCCGCCGCGCCGCCCUGCAACACAUGAAGAGAAACCUGGACAUCUACGAGGAGCAGGCUGCCCGGGCCGCUCAGCAGGGUGCCCAGAUCCUCGUAUUUCCAGAAGAUGGUAUUUAUGGAUUCAACUUCACCCGUUCAUCAAUCUAUAGCUACCUAGAAACCAUUCCUGACCCCCAGCAGGAGAGCUGGAACCCCUGCACAGAACCGGACAAACACAGCAACACUGAGGUUCUCCAGAGGUUGAGUUGUAUGGCCCGUCGUUAUAAUCUCUACUUGGUGGCCAACAUGGGUGACCUGCAGCCCUGCUCCCAGAAGACUGACCCCUCCUGUCCCUCUGAUGGACGCUGGCAAUUCAACACCAACGUGGCUUUCAGCUCAGAUGGCCUGCUGGUGGCCCGUUACCACAAGUACAAUCUUUUCGUUGGCGAGUUGGAGGCCUUUAACACUCCACCACAACCUGAGAUCAUAACAUUUAAUACACCUUUUGCUGGGAGGUUCGGCCUCCUGAUCUGCUUUGACAUACUCUUCUAUGAGCCCACAGUCACCCUAGUGGAGAAGGGUGUACGUCAGCUGAUCUACCCCACAGCAUGGUACAACACGCUCCCUCUUCUGGACUCCAUCCAGUUCCAGCGGGCAUUCAGCUUGGGUGCCAAUGUCACCCUGCUAGCAGCCAACAUCCGUAACAACCAAAUGAUCAUGACAGGAAGUGGCAUCUACACCCCUUUUUCUGCCACCUAUCACCACGCCCAGCAAGGAGACCCAGAAGAGGGCAGGUUGCUUGUGGCCAGGGUGCCGGUCUUAUGCCCGCUGUGGGUGGAGCAGGGUGCUGUCAAAGAGAGCUCUUCUACUCCACCUGCAACUGCUUCUUCAGUCCCUUCCUCCUCCACCACCUUCAUCGCACCCAUGCUGUACGAUCCAUAUACAUUCGUGCUCCUAAACGAGACAGAAGGUGACGUGGAGGUGUGUAAUGGCAGCUUUUGCUGUCACCUGCAGUACCAGCGGUUAACACAGAGCAGCAGUAAAGAGCUCUACGCUUUGGGAGCAUUUGCUGGAACACACACUUUUGACGGAUGCUUCGCCCUGCAGGUAUGUGCACUAGUCCGCUGUGCACAGUUGGAUUUCACUACCUGUGGACAGGCGGUAGAAGAGGCUGAGACUAAAAUGGACUUCAUGUUGGAAGGGAAGUUUAGGACCAGAUAUGUCUAUCCAUCAGUUUUGGCCAGCAAUCAUGUCCUGGAGGAGCCAGAGUACCUGGAAUUUGCUGCAGAUGGCAGAGUGAUCAUGAAACACUCAAACAUGAGUAGUGGGCUGGUCACUGCCUGUCUGUACGGACGAAUGUAUCACCUGGACUAUGAUGAAUGUAUUGCUUUGGAAUAGAUGUGUGUGUCAGAGAGAAAAAUAUCAAACACAUCUAAAAAACAAAUGUUCUGACCAAGAUUGAUCAAAACAAUUCAGCAGUUACACAUUUGUCUUCUGUUAUUAUACAUGCAGCAAUAAAUCAAAAACAAAUAUCUUUA